GACAGCACAGUGAUAUACAUACCAGCGGACAAUGUACUUGCUCUCUUCAAGUAAAAUCCGGUAUAAUCAAUGUCCUCUGCAUAAUACCCGGAAGCAUGACUCGUUUGGAAAGAUAAAAGAACGUCAUUUAAAACUUCCAGAAUCUCAAAUACAUUGUGUACGUUAAAGUUUGCUCUGAUUUCGCGGUCACUGGGAUAGAGAUUGUCGUCAUUUCAAGGAUUCCUCUGAAUCAUUCUGGUUGGAAAACCAUUCGAAAGUUUUCGGACAUAGCUUUAUAUGAGCCUAUCGGGAGUGUUUUGUUUAGUUUUUGCUCCGACAGUAAAGCUCACCUCAGACAUGAGAAUUUAAACUUGUCUGUAAUACCGACUUUUUGGCUUUCUGUUAACUCGAGGAUUAGUACGCUCUACAUCAUUACUUUCUAGAAACAAGUGACCUCGUUCCUUCUUUUCUUUAAACGUUUGCCAAAUAAAGCUAUUGUCAACAAAAUAAUGACUCGUCUACAGUAUCAAGAAACAUCUGCAACGUUAUUGCGUGUUUGACUUGUAGACACAUUUGUUCAUUUCCAUUGUGCCUUGAAGUUCGUCAAAGUCGAAACGAUGUUUGUGGGAAUUGUCAUUUUAGUGCUGAAUGUUUUACGAAGUGUAUCUAGCCAGCCAUCAGCCGAUGAAUGGUACAGACUUGAUGAUGCUCUCUAUUUGGUGGAUAACACCUCACGAUUAAAUUAUGAUGAUGCUCAGUCUCAAUGCCUAGAAUACGGAGCCAAUCUAGCUCGGGUCGACUCGGACGAGAUCCAGUCUUUUCUGACGACUUUCAUCAGUCCACCCUCCAUGCCAACGCGAUGUUUUUGGAUUGGUUGCCAUGACAGAGAGGUCGAAGGUCAAUUCAAGUGGCUCGAUGGAACCCAAGUUCGAUAUAAUGGAUGGGCAUCAUACCAGCCAGACGAUCAUGGAGAGAACCAAGACUGUGCUUGUCUGUGGUCAUCUAAGAAUCCAAACAGACAUGGAAGAUGGGAUGAUAACACUUGUGGAGCUCGUCUAGACUUGAUUUGCCAGAAAGGAGUGUAUAAUUUCACACUGACGAGUUCUCGAAGCAACCCGGGGUCGGCUUAUGUUUCUUGCGCUGUCGAUGUUGUCCAGGGCGAUCAAACACUCUCUCCUAAUGACGUCAGAGUGUCGGUCGGUAAAAAUGUUUCAUCUACGACAUCGAUUCCCUAUUCGUCGACAAAUGUCAACGGUGGAUUACGUAACAAUAGUUUUGUGAUAGACAGCAUUCAGGAUGACGAUAAGAUCUUCUGCCAUGUUGGUAAAUUGGCAAGGACAGAGAGAUCGUUCUCAAGAGUUGAUUUAAGCCCGAUUAAUUUUUACGCUUUGCCUGGGCUGACAUCUGGACCAUCUGUGGAAGACAUCAGUUCAACCUUCGUCACUGUCUCCUGGAGUUCUUGGAUACCGUGUCUUGAUACCGGCGAAGGGCCAGUAGUCAGUUACUUGGUCUACCUACAGACGAUGGAUGGAGAAUGGGUAGAGGGUGGUGGAAUCGACUCGGAUGUGGGAGAGGGCGAUCUUCAACGAAGAAUGGAGUUUGUAUUGACUGGGUUGGAACCAGGAAAUGAGUACAAUAUCAGCGUGUCUGCCGUCAGAGAAGGCGUGGGUGGAGAGGGACCGAAGGGUCCACUUGUGUCUGUUACGACUAGUAUUGAAAGCGGUAGUCUUUUUGGUGCCUUGGGAAAAAGCAAUCUGAUCUGGAUUCUCUUCGGGGUGUCACUAGCGGGAAAUAUCCUUCUAGUGGUGGUCAUCGUUAUUACAUGGAGACAGAGGAAGCAGCAGAAGAAGAAAACUCUACCGAAUUUAAGCCGUGCUCCUUCGGGACAUGACCCAAAGGAUCACCAAUACGAAGUCCCCCGGGCCGUUGGAGACGGGGAUGACCACAUCUAUGAAGGUCUUCAGAGAACAGAAAGCAGCAUAAACAAAGAAUCGUCUUACUUGAGCAUCGAUAAUACAGACAGAGUCGAAUAUGUAAAUACGAACAUUUAACAUCAAGGUGCUAACAUGAGAUGGAGUCUAUUCGACGUCCAGUACUUAUAUCUCAUUCUACGCAGAACACGAUGCAAAGACUUCCGAACAAAAAUCAACCAAGGGCAAAUCCAGUAGCCUUGCCCAUCACCCAUUGAAGUGUGCGAUAGAAGUGCAAAGACGUAUUAUGUAAUCCAAACGUGAUAUCUUUUGGGGUUCUAGGACACCUACCCCUGGACAACCACCCCGGAUAACUACCCCCAGUCAACUACCCCAGACAAGUACCCCAGACAACUACCCCCUACGACAACCAUCCUCUAGGACAACUACCCCCUGACAACUAAUCUAGGGGUAGUUGUCUAACCCUACUAUAGCUUUGAUCAGACCAAAAAUGCGGUUAAGUGACGUAUUAUUUUGAUUCAUGGUUAGAACUCCACAGUGCGUGGUAACCUAUGUGUUACCCAAAUACCUAAUACAUUAUACUUGACUAUGAUAAACAUGUUUUUUUCUUUUAAUAUCUUAAUAGGUGAAUAGCUACCACGUAUUCAAGACUAUGUAAAUAGUUUGUUUUAACUUCCAGUUAUUUUUUAUUUUUAUUUAUUCAUUUCCUCUCAUAGGGUGGAUGGCCCUUUCAGCACAGCUGAUUUUCAAAGGGGUCCACAAACAUAAAAAUAACAAUAAAUAUACAGUGAAUUAUACAAUAAUAUGAAAAACGUUGCAAAUGCCGUGGCACAUCACGAUAUCUGUUUUCAUAACCAUGUUCAAUGUAUCCAGUUUGAAACCGAGAACCAGUAGGUGCACUAUGUUUUAAAGAAAGAUUUACAGUUCAGAACCCAUGUCGAAGAUGUGAUUUAGGUUAUGCUAAUACAUGUAUAAAUCUUUCUUAGACUUUUUGUAUGUUGUCUUACAGUCUUGUAAUUUAUAUUUUAAAAAAAGGAGAUAACAUUUCUUUGUAAAUUUGUUUAAAGAAUGCGCUUGAUAAUAAUAUCAUGCUUGCUAUUUCCUACGAUAUUAUUUUUGCUUUUAUAUUAAACAAUUGUUUCAUGCCAUUUUAUCCUCAAUUCUGCAUUGCUUGAAGUUUCACAGAAAAUGCUUUCAUUUGGUGCUCAAAAUAAAUUGGUCGUCUUGUUAUAUCUUUUGUUUUAUUAAAUUAGCAAGUCCAUGUAAGCCAACAUGAUCAUUCAACUAGAUUUGCCAAAAGUAAUUUCAUAACCUUUUUUCAAUACUUGUUUUUGAUUCUACGUUUGUUUUGACGGCUUAUAUUCCUUUGGAUCUCACUUCGUACGUCAUUUUAGAUAUACAUUUAUUAUAUGAGAGAUUCGUGACAGCAUACUUCUGCGAACAGUUUGUGUCAAGAAUCUGAGACAUAAUUUAGCUGGACUGUACAUACAUACAUCUUUCAGAAUUACUUUUAAAAGUAUGGUUAACAUGUUUGCGACAUGUGUAGGGCCCCUAAAAAAGAGGAAAUGCUACAAUUAUGUGCAUUUUUUUCUUCACAUUUUUUGCUGGUCAUUUUAUGCUGGUCAUUAUUUGCUGGUCAGUUUUCUCACUGUCAAUUUGGCUUUUCUGGUCAUACUCUGAAAAUUGUAUGUGCAAAUGCAAAUUACAUUUCAAAUAAAAUGUACAAUGACAUA